ACUCUGUUGGGGACGGAAGCGCAGUGGCGGCCGCUUCCUGGUUGCCGGUGGGCGCCGAGGGCCGGGGCGAGCCGAGGCGAUGUUGCCCUUCACUGUGAACUUCAAGGUGUCGGCGCGCACCCUCACCGGGGCCCUCAAUGCUCACAACAAGGCGGCGGUGGACUGGGGCUGGCAAGGUUUAAUUGCUUAUGGAUGUCACUCGCUUGUGGUAGUGAUCGAUUCCAAUACUGCCCAAACUCUUCAAGUUUUAGAAAAACAUAAAGCUGAUGUGGUCAAGGUUAAAUGGGCCAGGGAAAAUUAUCACCAUAACAUUGGCUCACCAUAUUCCUUGCGCUUAGCUUCUGCUGAUGUCAAUGGAAAGAUCAUCGUUUGGGAUGUAGCAGCGGGAGUAGCUCAGUGUGAGAUCCAAGAGCAUGCCAAACCUAUUCAGGAUGUUCAGUGGUUGUGGAAUCAAGAUGCUUCCCGAGAUUUACUACUUGCUAUCCAUCCACCAAAUUAUAUUGUGCUCUGGAACGCAGAUACUGGCACCAAACUGUGGAAAAAGAGCUAUGCAGAUAACAUUCUUUCUUUUUCUUUUGACCCUUUUGAUCCCUCACAUUUAACUUUACUCACCAGCGAGGGUAUUGUAUUCAUCUCAGACUUUUCUCCAUCCAAGCCUCCCUCGGGCCCUGGCAAAAAAGUUUACAUAUCCAGCCCACACUCUAGCCCAGCUCAUAACAAGCUGGCUGCUGCCACAGGGGCUAAGAAGGCUCUUAAUAAAGUAAAAAUCUUAAUCACUCAAGAGAAACCUAGCGCUGAAUUUAUAACUCUCAAUGAUUGCCUUCAGUUGGCAUAUCUACCUUCCAAAAGAAACCACAUGUUGUUACUCUAUCCUCGAGAGAUUUUAAUUCUUGACCUUGAGGUGAAUCAAACAGUGGGUGUGAUUGCAAUAGAACGAACAGGAGUUCCAUUUCUGCAGGUAAUACCCUGCUUUCAACGUGACGGCUUAUUUUGCCUACACGAAAAUGGUUGUAUAACUUUACGCGUUCGAAGAUCUUAUAAUAGUAUUUUUACCACUUCAAAUGAGGAACCGGAUCCAGAUCCCGUCCAGGAGCUUACCUAUGAUUUACGAAGCCAGUGCGAUGCAAUCAGGGUGACAAAAACUGUCCGUCCCUUCAGUAUGGUGUGUUGUCCUGUCAAUGAGAAUGCAGCUGCCCUCAUUGUGAGUGAUGGCAGGGUCAUGAUAUGGGAACUGAAGUCCACCGUUUGUAACCGAAAUUCACGGAGCAGUAGUUCUGGUGUAUCACCUUUAUAUUCACCCGUGUCUUUCUGUGGAAUUCCUGUAGGAGUGCUACAGAGUAAACUCCCAGACCUCUCCUUAGAUAACAUGAUUGGACAGAGUGCCAUUGCUGGGGAGGAGCAUCUUAGAGGCCCCGUUCUGCAGGAAGUGCACCUCCGCUUCCUGCUGACAGGACUGCUUUCAGGGCUGCCCUCCCCGCAGUUUGCCAUCCGCAUGUGCCCGCCACUGACCACCAAAAACAUCAAGGUGUAUCAGCCACUGCUUGCUGUUGGUACAAGUAACGGUUCUGUCCUGGUGUACCAUCUCACCAGUGGGCUGCUGCAUAAGGAGUUAAGCGUCCACUCCUGUGAAGUCAAGGGUAUCGAAUGGACAAGUUUAACUGGUUUUCUUUCCUUUGCUACUUCAACACCAAACAAUAUGGGAUUAGUGAGAAAUGAACUUCAGCUGGUUGAUCUUCCAACAGGUAGGAGCAUUGCUUUUCGCGGUGAACGAGGCAAUGAUGAGUCACCCAUCGAAAUGAUUAAAGUAUCUCAUUUGAAGCAGUAUUUGGCAGUCGUAUUCAAAGAUAAACCCCUGGAAUUAUGGGAUGUUAGGACUUGUACCAUUCUUAGAGAAAUGUCCAAAAACUUCCCUGCGAUAACUGCUUUGGAGUGGUCCCCGUCUCACAACUUGAAGAGCCUGAGAAAGAAACAGUUGGCCACCCGAGAGGCCAUGGCCCGCCAGACCGUGGUCUCAGACACAGAGCUGAGCAUCGUGGAGUCCUCUGUGAUCAGCUUGUUACAGGAGGCAGAAAGUAAAUCUGAACUCAGUCAGAACAUCUCUGCCCGGGAGCAUUUUGUGUUUACCGAUAAUGAUGGCCAAGUUUAUCAUCUCACAGUGGAAGGAAACUCAGUGAAAGAUAGUGCUCGGAUUCCACCAGAUGGAAGUAUGGGUAGUAUUACCUGCAUCGCUUGGAAAGGUGACACAUUAGUUCUUGGAGAUAUGGAUGGGAAUUUAAAUUUUUGGGAUUUGAAAGGCAGAGUAUCCAGAGGAAUACCUACACACCGAAGCUGGGUGAGGAAGAUUCGUUUUGCUCCUGGUAAAGGAAACCAAAAAUUAAUAGCGAUGUACAGUGACGGUGCUGAAGUGUGGGACACUAAAGAGGUUCAAAUGGUGAGCAGUUUAAGAAGUGGAAGAAACGUGACCUUUCGGAUAUUGGAUGUGGACUGGUGUACGUCAGAUAAAGUGAUCUUGGCGUCAGAUGAUGGGUGCAUCAGAGUCCUGGAGAUGUCUAUGAAGUCCACUUGUUUUAGGAUGGAUGAGCAAGAGUUAACCGAGCCUGUGUGGUGCCCCUAUCUCCUUGUUCCAAGGGCCUCCCUUGCCUUGAAGGCUUUCUUAUUACACCAGCCGUGGAAUGGACAGUAUUCUUUGGACAUUUCUCAGGUUGAUUAUCCAGAAAAUGAAGAAAUAAAGAAUCUCCUUCAAGAGCAGCUGAAUUCAUUGUCGAAUGACAUCAAGAAACUCUUGCUCGAUCCAGAAUUCACUCUCCUGCAGCGAUGUCUGCUUGUGUCAAGGCUUUACGGCGAUGAGUCAGAGCUGCACUUCUGGACCGUUGCUGCCCACUACCUGCACAGCUUGUCCCAGGAAAAGCCAGUGGGCGCCCCAGGCUCUAAAGAAACUGUGCCUCGGAGCAAAGUGAACAACCCGCUGGAUAUAUGUUAUGAUAUACUCUGUGAAAAUGCCUAUUUUCAGAAAUUUCAGCUGGAAAGGGUUAAUCUACAGGAAGUAAAACGGUCAACUUACGAUCAUACAAGGAAAUGUACAGACCAGCUACUUCUCUUGGGUCAAACAGACAGAGCUGUGCAGUUGCUAUUGGAAACAAGUGCGGAUAACCAGCAUUAUUAUUGUGACUCCCUGAAAGCCUGUUUGGUCACCACUGUCACCUCCUCAGGCCCCUCCCAGAGCACCAUUAAGCUGGUCGCAACUAACAUGAUUGCCAACGGCAAGCUGGCAGAGGGGGUGCAGCUGCUCUGCCUGAUAGACAAAGCUGCAGACGCCUGCCGCUACCUGCAGACAUACGGCGAGUGGAACCGGGCGGCGUGGCUCGCAAAAGUCCGUUUAAGUUCUGAAGAGUGCGCCGAUGUUUUAAAGCGGUGGGUUGACCACCUUUGCUCUCCACAAGUCAACCAGAAGUCAAAGGCCCUCCUGGUCCUCCUCUCUCUGGGCUGCUUUUUCAGUGUGGCUGAGACACUUCACAGCAUGAGAUACUUCGACAGAGCUGCCUUGUUUGUGGAAGCCUGUCUCAAGUACGGUGCCGUCGGAGUCACUGAGGACACAGAGAAACUCAUCUCUGCCAUAUAUGCAGAUUAUGCCCGGAGUUUGAAGAACCUCGGUUUUAAACAGGGAGCAGUUCUUUUUGCUUCAAAAGCUGGAGCAGCUGGCAGAGAUUUACUGAAUGAGCUGGAAUCCCCCAGGCAAGAACAGACCGAAGAGUGAUGGGUCAGUAUUUGCUGGGAGCCUUGCCUCGCAAGCAGGACGGGGGCUGGUCUGGCAGUGCGCACAGUCACGGUCCUGACUGCUGAGGAUGCCGACGUCCCAGGGUCCCCGUGAGCUGCUCACUGCUUUUCUAAGGCUGCACGUGCACAGCGGCAAGUGAGCGUUUCCGUAGCUAAGAGCAAGUUCACGUCCUGUGUUUAUCUCAGAAAAAACGGUGAACGCCUCAGAUUUUGAAAAGGUAUACCAUUUUAUACUUUUGGAGACAGCUUGAAGAGUCCCUGGAAAUAAUUUUAAUUUUUUUAAAACUUCAAGUGACUGAAUUGUUUUUCUCAUUGACUAAACGGAAAAAUAUUUGAAAAAUCUAAUAGAGAAGUUUGUGAGACUUAUUCUCAAAUAUGUGCUGUGCUUGUGUUUAUAUACAAUACAAUCAUUCAAGAGACAGAGCAGAGAUAUUUCAACAGUAAAGAUGACUUACCAAAGCAUUCCUUGUUUCUUACCUUGAGAACAUAGAACUUGUGAUUCUUUGUUUAAUGCAGUUGCUAAAUUUUGUAAUUUUAGGCUCAUAGGGAAAUUUUAAGCUUUAUGUCUUGUUCUAGUAUGUGGGGUCUUGGGUAUUUUGGAUUUUAACUCCUCUGAUGUAUUAUAGUAACCUCCUCCUUGAACUCGCUGUGCUUUAAUUUUCUGUCUUUGUGUUUGUCUGACAACUGAAGUAUAUGAGAUGUGACUAUUAUAAAUUAUUGCUGUCUGUAACUUACCAAAAUGAUAAAUAAAAAGGAAAUUCCAGC